CUGGCAACCCAGCCCAGCACAGGAUGAUGAGUAGCGGUGACUGGGAGUCACGGAUUACCUCCCGGUCUUCUCCUCUGAACGCCAAACGACCUUUGUGUGUCUGUGGUGUGAAGUUGUGUUUGUGUUGCUUUAUUUCACGAGUCCAACGGGUUUUAAUUUUUUUCGGGUGAUGUGUUGAACCCAUGUUGGUCCUCGCCACCAGCGUUAGCCAGCAGAUUCUGAUGAGGGCAUUUCUACAGGCCAACUGUUCCUGACACUGCACUUGGAAGACGUGUGAGCUGCAGAUCCUCACCAUGUCCAAGAGCAAGGGUCCUGAGACAGUGAAGGUGGUGGUCCGAUGUCGCCCAAUGAAUGAAAAAGAACAGGCAAACAAAUUUGAAAGGGUCGUCUCUGUGGACGUGAAACUGGGCCAGAUUGUGGUCAGGAACCCCAGAGAAGCUUCAGCCAGCGAAACUCCCAAAGUCUUCACUUUUGAUUCAGUCUACGACUGGAACUCCAAACAAAUAGAUCUGUACGAUGAAACCUUCAGGCCACUGGUGGAUUCAGUUCUUCUUGGCUUCAAUGGGACCAUCUUUGCCUAUGGGCAGACGGGUACAGGGAAGACGUACACAAUGGAGGGGGUGAGAAAUGAUCCAGAGAAGAGAGGGGUGAUCCCUAACUCCUUUGAGCACAUCUUCACACACAUCUCACGAUCCCAGAAUCAGCAGUACCUGGUGAGAGCUUCAUAUCUGGAAAUUUACCAGGAGGAGAUCAAAGACUUGCUAUCCAAGAACCAAGCCCAUCGCCUUGAGCUGAGGGAGAGGCCGGACACGGGCGUUUAUGUCAAAGACCUGUCGUCAUUUGUCACCAAGAGUGUGCGAGAGAUCGAGCAUGUCAUGAACGUGGGCAACCAGAAUCGUUCUGUGGGUUCUACGAACAUGAAUGAACACAGCUCCCGAUCUCACGCCAUUUUUGUCAUCACCGUUGAGUGCAGUGAGUUGGGCGUGGACGGGGAGAACCAUAUCAGAGUUGGCAAACUGAACUUAGUAGAUUUAGCCGGCAGCGAAAGGCAGUCCAAGACUGGCGCUCAGGGGGAGAGGCUUAAAGAAGCCACAAAGAUCAACCUGUCACUCUCUGCUCUGGGGAACGUCAUAUCAGCUCUGGUGGAUGGCAGGAGCAGCCACAUCCCCUACCGAGACUCAAAACUCACCCGUCUGCUGCAGGACUCCCUGGGGGGCAAUGCCUGCACCGUCAUGGUUGCCAACAUUGGGCCGGCAUCCUACAACAUGGAGGAGACCUUGACAACACUGCGCUACUCCAACAGGGCAAAGAACAUCAAGAAUAAACCACGCAUCAAUGAGGACCCCAAGGAUGCACUACUGAGGGAGUUUCAGGAGGAGAUCGCCAGGCUGAAGGGACAGCUGCAGAAUCGCUCAGGGGAAAAAAAGAAGAGGAAGCAAAGGAGGAGAGCGGGGGAAGGGAGCGAUGGUGAGGAUCUGGAAGGAGAGACAGAGGAUGAUGAUGAAGAUGGAGAUGACAAAGGAGAUUAUUGGGGGGAGCAGCAGGAGAAGCUGGAGAGAGAGAGGAAGGCCAUCAUGGAGGAUCACAGUCUGGUGGCUGAGGAGAAAGUUCGGCUACUCAAGAAGAAGGAGAAGAAAAUGGAAGACUUGAGGAGGGAGAGGGAGGCUGGAGAGAUGCUUACAGCUAAAGUUAAGGCGAUGGAGAGUAAGCUUCUGGUUGGGGGGAAGAACAUAGUGGAUCACACCAACGAGCAACAGAAAAUGCUGCAGCAGAGGAGGCAUGAAAUCGCUGAACAGAAACACAGAGAGCGAGAGAUGCAGCAGGAGAUGGAGAGUCGUGACGAGGAGACUCUGGAGCUGAAGGAGACCUAUACUUCUUUGCAGCAGGAGGUCGACAUCAAAACCAAGAAGCUGAAAAAGCUGUUUGCCAAGCUGCAGGCAGUGAAGGCAGAAAUCCACGACAUCCAGGAGGCACACAUCAGAGAGCGUCAGGAGCUUGAACAGACCCAGAAUGAGCUCACCAGGGACCUCAAACUCAAACAUCAGAUCAUUGAGAACUUCAUUCCACUUGAGGAGAAGAACAAAAUAGUCAGCAGAGCUUACAUUGAUGAAGAGGAUGAGCACUGGAAAAUGCAGCCCAUUACACGUAUAGAGGAUGAUCAGCCGAUGAGGACCAGGCCUCUGUCUGCAGUGGGCUACAGGAGGCCUCUCUGUCACCAUGCUCGCGUCGCCAUUACGAUGAAGCCUGACACGAGAUACAAAGCUGAAAACAUCCAGAUACUGGACAUGGACCUUCCAACACGGACCACUAUAGACUAUCAGGAGCCGGAAAUCGCCCCAACGGUGGCAGCAGCUCUGAGGGACGCUCUCAGGGAUGAGGAUGAGAUCCAGGUAGAUGCCUUUGGCUUUUACAGCACUUCAGGACCAACCCCACCAGCCAGUGCCAUCUCCAGCCUAAAAAAAAAGUCUGGCUGGUGAAAGUUGAGCUCAGGCAGCGGCUGAUGUCUGGCAGAAGAUUUGAAUGUAGACUUGAUGCAUCAAGGAAACCAGAAGGUGGAACAAUAUACAAACAUUAACAGAUUAACAUGAGUAAUUGUCAGCCCCAAGUCUGAAGAUGUCUCCCACAGCUUCCACAUAUAUCUCCCUCUACUUCACCCAUUCUAACAGCACAUCCAUCAAUGGCUAGAAUUGCUGUCACUCUCUAUGUAACAUGUAGGUGUUCAAAUCCUAUUGGAUAUUUAAGUCAAAAGUAUGCAUUCAUAAACCCCAUUGUGUCCUUAUGUCUAGCCACUGGUGAAAUAGGCAAAAGAGUUGUCGUUGGUGCCUCUCUGUCUGGAGCACCAGAGUUAGAUAUGAAAGUCACUAAACGUAGACACUACAAUGUAAUGUUGGUUGGUCCUUUAUCUAUAACCUGACCUUUGGUACUAGUUGGAGAGAGAAGGGAGUAUGUGUGGAAUGAAACCGACUCUCCCAAUGGUGUACAGAUGUAAUGUUAUAUAUACACAGAUAUAGUAUAUAGUGGUGUUAAGAGUUCCUCAACAACCACAAUCUGUUCACCUCUCUGUUUUUGCUUUCUGUCCCUCAGUCGACCCAGAACUGGUAAGAUGUCGGGCACCCCAACGUCUCCUUUCAGCCCCUCCAGUCCAGGAUCUCCUCUUUACCCACAAUGCCGCGGCCUGGUGCCCAAGUGACCGCUUCUGCCAUUACUGUCACUACCACAACCUCUCUCAUGCACCUCUCAACUUUGAGAGAUGGGUUUGGUUUUAGUCUUCUUCUUUUUACUACAGAAUCUGGGAGGCUGUAAACGUUACAGAAACUUUAAUACUAAUGCUGCUUUGAAGGUUUUAACUGUAGCCACACCACUAUUAACUGUUGUCAUGAGCUUUUUCCUUUGGAGAUUUAAACCAACUCAUCCAGAGUGUGAGCCAAUAAACGCCUGAAGCCUCACAUCACUCCACACUGCUAUUAGCUGCUAUGAAUGUCAUAAAUUUCUCUCUCCAGGUUUUGACGUGAAAGAUGGACGGACAAGACAGCUGUGCUGCACUUGUCAGUAGCUGUGUCAGUGUGUGUGUGUAUUACUUAUUGUAAUACUUAAUUUAUAUAUACAGAUGUAGAUAUAUAUUUUUAUUUUUAUCCUGUUAUUUCUGUAAAAUAGAUUAUUUUUCGAGCUUCAUUAUUUCUUCCAUACGAUUUAAGUGACCAACUUUCAUGCUGACGAUGCUGUUGUAGCCAAAUGACGGUUGCUGCUGCACUUCUGUCUGUUACAUGUUUAGUUGCUUUAGAUUUUUAAAGACAACUCAAUGAUAAGAUGGCAGCAUGUAUUUCUUAGAUGAUGACUUUCUUAACAAUGAUGUCAACUGUGGCCCUCAUGUCCUUUUGUAAGGAAAACACCUGAACAUGGUAUUAAAGCUUUUAAUUGUA